AUGGGUCGCAAGAAAGCUGUUGCAGACAACCUUUUAGCCUACAUCCCCAACAUUAUUGACUCUGAAGACACCUUGCCGAUCUCCAAAAUUGCUGAGGCAGAAAAGAGUGCCACCGCCGCCGAGAAGAGGCUCGCAGAGGCUGUUCCCUCUGAGUCAACGUGGUCAAAAAGACCGAGGUCUGCAUCCGCAACAACCUCGGGGUCUAUGAAAUCCGAUGCCCCUUGGGUCCCUCCAAUCACUAUUGAGGACAAGCCGGUCAGAGCCGGCGACAGCACGACUGACAUCGAAGUUGGCGUUGCCCUCUUUACGGCUUUGCUUCUCUCGACAGAUCUUGACUGCAACGCCGAAUUCAACGAGUAUGAAAACUUCACUCUAAUGUUGCAACACUCCGCCCAAGCCAUCCAGCAUGGCCACUCCUUUGCGAUUCAAGCCUUCACCAUUAAUAAGGAGUUCGCCAACAAGACCAGGGAGGCUGUUGGCUUGCAGAAGACCAUCAACAAGGCCGAGGCAAAGAUGAAGACCUUGAUAGAUCAGGCCGAGGCAGCCAAGAAGGCUCAGGACGAGGCUGAGGAAAAGGCUGAUGCUGCAGAGGCCAUUGCCAAGGUCCUGGCGGCUGAAAAGAAAGAGACCGAGGCAAAGAUAGUCGAGGCCCAAAAAGAGCUUCAAGAUGCCUUGGCCACAAAAGAGGCCGAGAUCAAAGCGGCGGACGGGAAGACAUAUGCCAAGGGGGCGGCCGACAUUGGUGUCCAUGAUUGCAAGAUUGAUGAUGAUGAUGGUGAAGGGAUAUUUCAAAUACAGGAAGCUCAAUCACCAAUACCUCCUGGGUCGAUGUACUACGUAGAUCUUAUGAAAACUAAUACCAACUGCAACGUAUACGAUCAUGAUCGAAGAGUAGUAGAAGAAGAACUCACUUCUGAGGGAUCUGAAUCCCAGAUUGAAGAGAGAGAAAUUGAGAAGGAGCAGGCAAUACAAAUACAGAGAACAAAGAGAAGGAAGAUGACUGUCUCUCCUUCUGAGUUGGUCGAGGACCUUAUUCAUGAGGCAGCUGCCAAGGCAGUAGAGUAG